UCUAUCCGAUCUUUUCUCCGACAUUUGGAAGGAAAGAGAAGCAAUCAGGCAUCCAUGUUAUCUUCAUUAGAGUCAACGGCGGCGCGUGAUGGACACACGCCGCUUCUACGCACGCGCCACGGCAGAGGAUCUCCGGCGCGGCCGACCGCUCUCGCCGUUCUACUCGGUCGAAUUACCGGCCAUCGCGCGCCGGAGAUGCUGGUGAGGGAGACGGCGGCGCGUGCGUUGGAGGAGCGACGCGCGGAUUGGGGAUACUCGAGGCCUGUGGUCGCUGUGGAUAUCAUGUGGAAUGCGGCUCUGGUGAUGGCAUCGGUGGUGGUGCUCGUCUUCACGGACGAUGAGAGGCCUAACACUCCGAUUAGGGUUUGGAUCUGUGGCUACGCGUUGCAGUGCUUGGUCCACGUGGUGUUGGUGUGGUCGGAGUACCGCAGAAGGAACACGAGGCGGAGAAGUGGGGAUCUGGAGGCAGGACAAGGUGCCGAUCAGUUGGAGAGUGUCAUCUACAGUGAGGAUGAAGAAGGUGGUGGUUCCAGCGAUUAUGGAGGCUCAUCUCAGUACAGUUUCUCAAAAAGAUUGGAGUGGAUAAACACGGUUUUGUCAUUGGUGUGGUGGAUAAUUGGAUUCUAUUGGGUUGUGGCCGGUGGAGAUAUGCUUCUGAAGGAGGCUCCUGGCUUGUACUGGUUGGUCGUGGUUUUUCUAGCGAUCGAUGUGUUGUUCGUUGUGCUCUGCGCUGUUUUGGCUUGCCUUAUCGGAAUAGCUCUCUGUUGCUGCCUUCCCUGCAUAAUCGUCAUUCUCUAUUCCGUUGCAGGAACGGAAGGGGUGUCGGAUGCAGAUCUCAGUGUCCUCCCUGUGUAUAGAUUUCAGGCUUUGAACGAUAACGAGAGAUACAUCGCGGGAGCCGGGAAAAUGGUUCCUACUGAGACCAAUGUAUUGUACUUAGCUACUGAACGGACUCUCCUUCCGGAGGAUGCGAAUUGUUGCAUAUGUCUGAGCUCAUACGAAGAAGGGUCAGAGCUGCAUGGGCUUCCGUGCAACCACCAUUUCCAUUCAACGUGCAUAGCGAAAUGGCUGAAGAUGAGACCAACCUGUCCUCUCUGCAAAUACAACAUCCUCAAAGGUACCACUGAUGAAACCUGAACUCAAUCAACACGAAUUCAACAUUCAAAUUCAUCCCUCGGUUUGUUCUUGUUCAUACUCUGAGUGACUAGUAGUAUCAUAUGAUGAUAUCGUACAUGUUCUUUGUGAGACAUCCAUGUUCCUGAAUAGUAGACCGUAAAGCAUAGAAGGUCUUUUAUUGAA